GCCGUGCGCGGCGCCAAGGAAUAUAUUAAAGGACUCUGUGAACCUGAACUAGAAGAAAAGGAGUACUACCCAAAGGACAUGCACUGCAUCUUUGUUGGUGCACAAAGCCUGUUUCUCAACAGUCUUAUUCAGGAUACCUGUGCUGAUAUAACAGUGCUGGAAAUAGGAUUGCUCAGCAUUAAGGGGGGUGCAGAAGCUGUUGUUAUGGCUCAAAGUCAUGUUCAGCAGUUAGUGAAGCUUUUUGAGAAUAAUGAAAGCUUAUUAAGUGACAAUGAAUCGGAGAUUAAAAAGAAAUUCAGACAAUUUGUGGAGGCACAUGCUGAUAAAUACACAAUGGAUUUACUGAUUUUGCCUAGCUCUCUAAAAAGAGAACUCCUAGCUCUCACACAAACUGAAUGUUGUGAAGUGGAUAGUGAUAUCAUAGAUCUUACACGUUCUGAAAGCCCACCAGAGAUGUCACAGAACAAAGCUUCCAAAGUAAUCACUGCAAACAGAGAUGGAGGAGCAGAAGGUGAAGAAGCAAGAAACAAUGCUGGGACACCUGUAACUGAGCUUACAAAGCAAAUGGACACUGUUUUUUCUGAUGCUCCUGAAACAAGCUUUGUUCCCAUAAACAUUGUGCCUCUGUUAGGGGCAGUGGUGUCUAAAGAAAGGCAAUCAUGUAAAAGAAGAUCCUCUGAUGAUGAGGAAAGACUCCCUAAAAAGCAGUUUUCUUUGGAAAAUGAUCAGGAAGUGAAAUCUGCUUCACACAGUAAUAUUUCAGACGGUGAUGCAGUUAUUGAUCUACUUUCAGAUAGCUGCAGUGAAUCAAGUGAUCCCCAUUAUUGCUUUAAAGAAGGUGAUGAUAUCAGUGAGGAAAUGGAAUACAAGAUCCUUGUGAACUUUUUCAGAACAAUGGGAUAUUCCAAAAAUAUUGUAGAGAAAGUUAUUGGUAUCCUAGGACAAUCUGUGGAACCACUAACAUUGCUAGAAGAAAUUGAAAAGGAAAACUUAAAAUUUCAAAAGGAACUCCAACAGUCAUCUCAAAAGCCUAGUACUAUCAAUCCUCCUUUUGGAAGUAAUACAAAUAAUUUGAAAAAGCUAGAGGACAAAGGUAUUUCUAGCAACAAAAAUCCACUUAAAUCCAGUCAUACUUCAAAGGAGACAAAAAGUGAAUAUCACAAAAUAAGAGAUUCACCAAGUGUGCAAAUUGAUGCAGAAGAUAAAAUGCCUAUGUUGGUAUGCAAACCUGCUUCUCCUACCAGUAAAAAUUCUGCUAUGUGCUAUAAACAAAGAGACAUUUGUUGCCCUGGUAAGAAUCACUGUUCAAGGUCAGAUGAUAUAGAAACUGGUAGUGUUCUAACUUUUCGCGCUAUACAAGAUGGAACCCUAAAAGAUACUGAUUUUGUAGCCAGAGGGAGCUCAGAUGUGCAGCGUAUCUCAACUAAGACUAAAACUGUUGUUCAGCAAAAAUCUGUGGGGCCCUCAACUGCACAGAAUAGUCAUCCUGGUUUUGAGGAGCAGUUAGGACACUGCAGCUCUUCUGAAGUGAGGUUUCUCAACCAAAACCUUUCCCAAACCCCAAAUUCUGAGGAUCCUGUCACAGACCAGGUAUUCUCUUCACAAAUGCAUCCCUCAAAUCAUGAUAGAGAGAUAGUGGGAUCACACCGACGUCAUGCUGAUCCUUCAGUUACUGGAGUUCAAAGAUUUUUGGAAUCCCUUAAAAGGCCAUACAGACUGGAGUUGAAAAAUGAACCUGGGAAUCCAUAUUUGAAGCAUAUAAUUAUUGAUGGAAGUAAUGUUGCAAUUUCUCAUGGUCUAAGGAAAUUCUUCUCCUGUCGAGGAAUUGCAAUAGCUGUUGACUACUUUUGGAAACGUGGCCACAGAAAUAUUACCGUGUUUGUUCCACAGUGGAGAACAAGGCGUGAUCCGAACAUUACAGAGCAGGAUUUUUUAACACAGCUCCAGGAUGUUGGAAUAUUGUCUUUGACCCCUGCAAGGAUGGUUUUAGGAGCAAGAAUUGCUGCUCAUGAUGACAGGUUUUUAUUACACCUUGCUGAUAAAACUGGAGGUGUUAUUGUGACUAAUGAUAACUUCAGAGAAUUCGUGACAGAAUCACUUGCCUGGAGAGAAAUUAUUCAAAAAAGGUUGCUCCAGUACACUUUUGCUGGUGACAUAUUUAUGGUUCCUGAUGAUCCUUUGGGAAGAAAUGGACCUAGAUUAGAUGACUUCCUUCGAAGUGAAGGCUGUUUUAGAGAGUUUCAAUCAGCACAAAAGGCUUUUCAGAGCAGUGGACAAUAUUCUUCUGAGACACCUUUCGUCGUACCAGUCCCCAAACCAACCAGUAACAGUCAACAGCCUCAAAACAGAGUACAUGGUGAUCAUGCAUCAACAUGGCUUCCUCCGGAAACAAACAUACAGGCUUGUCUAGCAAGUCCUCCACAGAGAUCUGCCUCAGAAACAGUACAGCUAAAAGCAGCCCUGAUAAAAAUUUUUCCUGAUUAUGAGCAGAGACAGAAGAUAGAUCAAAUAUUAGCAGAUCAUCCAUUCAUGAGAGAUCUCAAUGCCCUGUCUGCCAUGGUGCUUGACUGAAUAUUAUACAAGGUUUUUAUAUCUCAA